AUGGCGGCGCUGCGGCUGCUGCGAGCGCGGCUCCUGAGGGCGCGGGGGCGCGGGUUCGGCACCGCGGAAGUCCCCGAGGAGAAGCCGCAGUUCCCGGGGGCCUCGGCGGAGUUCGCGGAGCGCUUGGAGUUCAUCCAACCCAACGUCAUCUCCGGCAUCCCCGUGUACCGCGUCAUGGACCGGCAGGGCCACAUCCUGCGCCAGAGCGAGGACCCCCAGCUGCCCAAGGAGCUGGUGCUGAAGCUCUACAAGACCAUGACCCUGCUCAACACCAUGGACCGCAUCCUGUACGAGUCCCAGCGCCAGGGCCGCAUCUCCUUUUACAUGACCAACUACGGUGAGGAAGGCACCCACGUGGGCAGCGCGGCCGCGCUCGACGACACCGACCUGGUCUUUGGGCAGUACCGAGAGGCAGGCGUCCUCCUGUACCGGGGGUAUCCCUUGGACCUGUUCAUGGCUCAGUGCUAUGGGAAUAGCCGGGAUCCCGGGAAGGGGCGGCAGAUGCCGGUGCACUACGGCUGCCGCGAGCGGCACUUUGUCACCAUCUCGUCGCCUUUGGCCACCCAGAUCCCUCAAGCCGUGGGGGCCGCCUACGCCAUCAAGCGAGCCGACGCCAACCGCGCCGUCAUCUGCUACUUCGGCGAGGGGGCGGCCAGCGAAGGCGACGCUCACGCCGGCUUCAACUUCGCCGCCACCCUGGAGUGCCCAAUCGUCUUCUUCUGCAGGAACAACGGCUACGCCAUCUCCACCCCCACGGCCGAGCAGUACCGCGGCGACGGCAUCGCGGCCCGCGGGCCCGGCUAUGGGCUGCUCUCCAUCCGCGUGGACGGCAACGACGUCUUCGCCGUCUACAAGGCGACGCGGGAAGCGCGGCGCCGCGCCGUGGCCGAGAACCGGCCCGUGCUCAUCGAGGCCAUGACCUACAGGAUCGGGCACCACAGCACCAGCGAUGACAGCUCUGCAUACCGCUCCGUGGAUGAGGUGGAUUACUGGGAUAAGCAGGAUCAUCCCAUCUCCCGCCUCCGGCACUUCCUGCUCCACAAGGGCUGGUGGGAUGAGGAGCAGGAGAAGGGCUGGAGGAAGAGCUCCAGGAAGAUGGUCCUGGAGUCGUUCACCGCCGCCGAGCGCCUUCCCAAGCCGGCCCCACAGCUCCUCUUCUCGGACGUGUACCGGGAGCUGCCGCUUCACCUGCAGCGCCAGCGGGGGGCGCUCCAGCAGCACCUCCGCCGUUACGGUCAACACUACCCCAUGGAGCUCUUUGAGAGCGGCGGGGACCCCCCCAUAGACGAACAGGAACCCCCCCUUCCUGCACCAUGA